AUGCCUUCCCUUGGGACCUUCAGGGCAUUCUUUGUCGUCGCAGUCUGCUGCAUUGGCUCGUUCCUGUUCGCCUAUGACACGGGCAUCAUUGGUGGCGUCCUCACUCUCAAGUCAUUCCAAGACGAUUUCCGUUACAGCAACGUUCACAAGACGACUGUGGCCUCAAACUCCAACAGUCUCCUCCAGGCUGGAGCGUUCUUCGCCUGCUUCUUCACGUGGCCAUUCACAGCGCGAUAUGGCCGCCGAUGGUCUAUUGCCCUAGCUUCUAUCAUCUUCUGCAUCGGGGCGGUAGUUCAAACCAUCAACACACAUCACCUUGGAGCCUUCUACGCUGCUCGAGUUGUUUCAGGUAUUGGUGUUGGCAUGGCCACAGUCAUGAUCCCCAUGUUCAGUGCGGAGAUGGCGCCUAAGAAUAUUCGUGGACAACUCGGCAGCAUGUUCCAAUUUUUCUUCACGCUUGGAGUCAUGACCAGCUAUUGGGUCAACUAUGCUGUUUCAUCAAAAAUGGCUUCUGGAACUCGUCAAUGGCAAGUUCCGAUCGGCCUGCAACUUGUCCCUGGCGGGAUCCUCGGUUUGGGCAUGCUUUUCCUCCCGGAGAGUACUCGCUGGCUUGCAAAGCGUGGUCAGCACGAGCACGCCAUGAAAUCGCUCAUCUGGGUUCGUGGUGGCGAUAAUGAGGAGGUCCGCUCGGAGAUGAGAGAGAUUCUUGCUGGAAUCGAUGCAGAGAUUCACGCCACUGAAGGAUUGACUUGGAGAGAGAUGCUACUCCCUUCCAAUCGCUGGCGUGUCUUCGUUGUCGUCACAUUACAGAUUGGGGUGCAACUUACCGGUAAUACCUCGUUGGCCUACUAUGCCCCUCAAGUGUUCCAGACGGUUGGCGCUGGCGACUCCAAAUUGCUCAUCAGCGGCUUUUUCGGAGUCAUCAAGGUUGUGUCAUGUUUCAUCUUCCUCGCCUUCUUAGUCGAAAGAAUUGGCAGAAAGGGUGCUUUGAUGGGUGGCGCAGGUGCGAUGGGAUCUUGUAUGCUUAUAGUAGCAUGCCUUACUGCCACCCACCCACCCUCCAAAGACCAGAAAAGCGUGUCACCGGCAGGCGCUGCUUCCAUCACCAUGAUCUAUCUCGAAGCAGCGGCGUACAACAUGUCAUUUGGUCCAGUCUCCUGGUUGUACACUGGCGAGAUUUUCUCCAACCGCACUCGAGAGAUCGGUAUCGCCAUCGGUACCGCCACGCAAUGGCUCUUCAACUUUGUCUUCUCCCAGGCAACGCCACAUGCGGUCGACAACCUCGGAUGGAAGACAUUCCUAAUGUUCGCCAUUUUCAACUUCGCCCUUGUGGCCUACGCUUGGUUUGUCAUCAGAGAGACAACUGGAAAAUCUCUAGAAGACAUGGAGGCUGUCUUCGGCUCCGAAAAGACUCAAAUCAAGGCCGUAAAUCUAGAAGCCGCGGAGCACGAGCUAGCAGACAAAGGAUUGAUAACCUCGCAUGUCGAAUCAAAGACUUCAAACAGUUCUCGAUAG